AUGUCAUCAUCCAUGUCAGAAGCAAAUUUGAUUGCUUUAUUAAACAAUGGUUCCAUUCAAAUCAAUCGCUAUUUCGCAAUUUUGAUCUUUCUUUUUGGAAUUACUGGCAAUAGUUGCAAUAUACUCGUUCUCUCACAAAGAAAGUUUCGUUCAAAUCCUUGUACGUGGCUUUUUCUCAUGUCAUCCGUUGCGUUUUUUAUCAGUAUUCUUGGUGGUAUCGUUUCACGAGUUUUAUCUACAUGGGAAAUUGAUCUUACAAAUACAAAUCAAUUUCUUUGUAAGAUUCGAAUUUUUGUCGCACUUAACUCAAUGACGGUUGCAUAUUGGUUAAUUCUACUUGGUACAAUUGAUCGAUGGCUUUCUUCAAGUAUCAAUGCUAACCGACGACGAAUGAGUACUUUAAAAAAUGCUCAACGUAGUACAAUUUUCACUGUCAUACUUUCAACUCUUAUUCAUAUACAAGAAUUGUUUUGUUUCGAAGCGAAUCUUAUUAAUACUCCAGUAAAAUGUUAUUCAAAAACAGAAAUAUGUGGUAUUAUAUCAGAUUUAUGUUUUGCUCUGAUUACCAUAUUGUGUCCAUUAUGUUUUAUGCUAAUAUUUGGUUUAAUGAUCAUUUCAAAUAUUCGUCAAUCGCGAGCUCGUUUACAUCCAACACCUAUGAAAAUCGACAGUCAUACCGAUCAAAACAGAUCGACAGUUGGCGUUGAAGAUCAAAAUCAAGAGAAAAAAAUGGAUCGUUACUUGUUAAUGAUGCUUCUUGUACAAAUUCUGAUUCUCCUUGUAUUCACUUUACCAUUUGCUAUUUCAAAAAUCUACACAACAAUAACGAGACACAAUGUGAAAUCAACAUUACAACGUACUAUUGAAAACUUCAUCGUUAACUUGCUCUUCCUAUUCGUGUUUAUUGCGGCUGGAAUGCCAUUCUAUAUUUAUACAUUAAGUGGAGGCCAUAUGUUCCGACAAGCAUUAGUUAAUUUGAUGAAAACUUUCAUGCGGAAAUUCAUGUGUCAACGUCACUAA